CACUCCAACCUGGGCAAGACUAUGUCUCAAAAAAAAAAAAAAGAAAAGCGAGAGAGAGAGAUUGGAGUUGGGGUAAAACAUAUUAAAUCAUCUACCAAGAGAUGACAGUUGAAAACCUGAUGUGUAUAAGAUUACCAAGAAGAAACUGCUAGCAGAGCUAAGAAGAUAACCAAGGACAAACACUUGGACAAUACCAAAAGCAACAAGCAUCAGAAGACAAACCAGAGAAAGAGUAGUCAGAGAUAGAAGAGGAAAAAUAGAAAAGUUGAGUAUAACAGAACUCAAGGGAGGAGAAAAUUUUAUGAAAUUGGAAGUAGAUAACAAGUAUUUACUUGGCCAACAUUUACUGUUAUUUGCUGUUUUCCAGGAACUCUGCCAGACAGGGGUUACAGCAGUAGGCAAGACCAGUCCACUGCCUGCCUUCAUAGAACUUACAUUCUGAUGAGAAAGAAAGAUUAUUUACAUAAUUAACAGUGUGAUUAAUAUUAUAAAUAAGUACAGAAUGUUUUUGGACUAUGUAACAGUAAAACUUCUAGUUUUGUUGAAAGAAUGUGCAGGAAAAACAGAAACUUGAGUGGUGACUUAAGAUGGAGGUGGGGGUGGCACACUUUCUACUGAAGUACUAAGGUAAGAAAGAGUAUAUUGGAGGGCUUGAAAUAAGUCAUAUAGCUAUAACAGAGAGUGAGAAUGGCCUGAGAUACUAGGUAACAUUUAAUGAGUGUGAACUAUGUGCCAGGUACUGUUGUAAUGGCUUUAUAUGUAUUAUCAGAUCAUGUAGAGCAAUGGUCCCCAACCUUUUUGGCACCAGGGACCAGUUUCAUUGAAGACAUGGUUUCAGGAUGAUUCAAGUGUAUUACAUUUACUAUGCACUUUAUUUCUCUUAUUAGUACAUUGUAAGAUAUAAUAAAAUAAUUAGACAGCUCACCAUAAUGUAGAAUCAGUGGGAUCCUUGAGCUUGCUUUGCUGCAGCUAGACGGUUUCAUCUGGGGAUGAUGGGGGAUACAGUGACAGAUCAUCAGGCAUUAGAUUCUCAUAAGGAGCACACAACCUAGAGCACUCACAUGCACAGUUCACAUAGCAUUCACACUCCUGUGAGAAUCUAAUUGCACCACUGAUCUGACAGGAGGCAGAGCUCAGGUAGAAAUGCAAGUGAUGGGAGCGGCUGUAAAUACAAAUGAAGCUUCACUUGCUUGCCUACUGCUCACCUCCUGCUGCAUGGCCUGAAGGUUAGGGACCCCUGAUGUAGAGAAUUAGAGACCUUGUUAAGAAUCUUAUUCUUGAACCUUUGGAUUGUGAGAAGUGAAUAAAAGGAUUUUAAGCAAGUAAGUGAUAUGAAAAGGUUUAGAGGAUGACAAGAGUGGUUGUGGGAGACUGAUUAAGCUAUUGCAGUGGGCCAAAUAAUAGAUGAUGAUAGGUUGGUCUAGAGUGGUGUAGUAAGAAUUGAAAAGGGUGGAUAGAUUUGAGAUAUGUUUAAGAGGUUUGGUUAUUGAAUUGGGGGUGGGAAUUAAGGAAGUGGGAAGAGGUAAAGCUGCUUCUGGGUUACUGGCUUGGGCAAUAGGGGAAACAUCAUUUGAAAAAGGGAUUACUAGAGGAAGAACUGGUUAGGAGAAAAGGGAAGAGUGUGUGAGUGGCUCUGUUGGAGACACGUUCAAUAGGAGGCACCAAUGAGAUGUCCAUGUCAAGCUGGCAGUUGGAUCUUGGGAGAGACACAUGGACUGCAGAGAUGUAUUAGUAAUCACUGGCAAAGGACUGUAUAGAUCAAAUUGUCUAGAGCAAUAAUUCCCAAAAUUUAGAGUAGAUGGAAUUGCAUGGAAGGCUUAACACAGAUUUCUAGACCCUACUCCAAGAGUUUUUUCUUCAGCAGGCCUAGGAAUGAAGAUCAAGAGUUUGGAUUUCUAAGUUCUGACGUGAUGCCUAUGCUGCUGACUCAGAGACACAUUUUUGGAAGAAGAUGUAGAACAAGGAGAGACCCAGAACCUAGCAUUGAGGAUCUCAUUUUUAAUUGGAAUAGGAGGAACCUACAAAGAUGACUGACAAAGAAGUAGGAGGGAAAAUCGUAUGUAUUAGGUUUACUGAUUGAGGCCACGAAUGACUCAUGAGAGCAUUUUCAUGGAAUAGUGGAACAAAGGCCAAAUUGCAAGAAUUGCUGUGUAAGUAGAAGGAAUGAAGAAAAAGAGUACAAAAGUAGAUGAUUUCUGAGAAAGUUUUCCUGUAAAAGAGAAAAGAUAGAAGAUGUUUGAAUAUAUUUAAAUGUCAAUGAGAAGAUGCCAGUAGAAAGAAAAGGCUGGGAAAAAAAAAAAAAAAAAAAAAAAAAAAGAUAUGGGCAAUAAUCCAUAGGCCAAGGUUCAAGAGGGGACAAGAAGAGAUAGGAUCCAGAUCCAGGUGACAUUGCAUGGAGAGCGACCUUCUCCUUUUUUAUCAGAUGUGAAAGAGUUUGAAAGGAUGAGUGCAGGUGUUUGCAAUGGCUGCUACUGUGAACUUGGAACUUGAUCCCAUUUUUUUGAAAGCACUAGGUUUCUUACAUUCAAAGAGUAAAGAUUCUGCUGAAAAGCUAAAAGCACUGCUUGAUGAAUCUUUGGCUCGGGGCAUUGAUUCCAGUUACCGUCCAUCUCAAAAGGAUGUGGAGCCACCCAAAAUUUCAAGCACAAAAAACAUUUCCAUUAAGCAAGAGCCCAAAAUAUCAUCCAGUCUUCCUUCUAGUAAUAAUAAUGGCAAGGUCCUCACAACUGAAAAGGUAAAGAAGGAAGCCGAAAAGAGACCUGCUGAUAAAAUGAAAUCAGACAUCACUGAAGGAGUUGAUAUUCCAAAGAAACCUAGAUUGGAGAAAGCAGAAACACAGUCCUCUCCCAUUACUGUCCAAACUAGCAAGGAUUUAGCUAUGGCUGACCUUUCCAGUUUUGAGGAGACCAGUGCUGAUGAUUUUGCCAUGGAGAUGGGAUUGGCCUGCGUUGUUUGUAGGCAAAUGAUGGUGGCAUCUGGCAAUCAAUUAGUAGAAUGUCAGGAGUGCCAUAAUCUCUACCACCGAGAUUGCCAUAAACCCCAGGUGACAGACAAGGAAGCAAAUGACCCUCGCCUGGUGUGGUACUGUGCCCGAUGUACCAGACAAAUGAAAAGAAUGGCUCAAAAAACUCAGAAACCACCACAGAAACCAGCCCCUGCAGUUGUUUCUGUAACUCCAGCUGUCAAAGAUCCAUUGGUUAAGAAACCAGAAACUAAACUGAAACAAGAGACAACUUUUCUAGCAUUUAAGAGAACAGAAGUCAAGACAUCCACAGUUGUUUCAGGAAAUUCUUCUAGUGCCAGCGUUUCCUCGUCAGUAACUAGUGGCUUAACUGGAUGGGCAGCUUUUGCAGCCAAAACUUCCUCUGCUGGUCCCUCAACAGCAAAAUUGAGUUCAACAACACAAAACAGUACUGGGAAACCUGCUGCCUCAUCAGCUAACCAGAAACCUGUGGGUUUGACUGGUCUGGCAACAUCAUCCAAAGGUGGAAUAGGUUCCAAAAUAGGUUCCAAUAACAGCACUACACCCACUGUACCCUUAAAACCACCUCCCCCUCUAACCUUGGGUAAAACUGGCCUUAGUCGCUCAGUUAGUUGUGACAAUGUCAGCAAAGUAGGUCUUCCUAGUCCAAGUAGUUUAGUUCCAGGAAACAGCAGCCAACUAAGUGGGAAUGGAAAUACUGGAACAUCAGGACCUAGUGGAAGUACUACUAGCAAAACUACUUCAGAAUCCAGCAGCUCUCCCUCAGCAUCCCUUAAAGGUCCAACUUCACAAGAAUCACAGCUCAAUGCUAUGAAGCGAUUACAGAUGGUCAAGAAGAAAGCCGCCCAAAAGAAACUGAAGAAGUAAUGUGGCCAAGUAGGUUUUUAUAUCAUAUUAGCCUAAAGAUGAAAGGCUUAUUAUUAAGAUAUAAUCUGUAAUAUCCUGUAAUUUAAUAAAAGUCUUCAUAAUCAAA